GGUUGCAGGAGUUGGAGCGCAGGAAUCGAGUGACCACCAUCACGUCACAAUCCAGCGUGAAGAAGGUGAAAGGAUUUGUGGGGGAUGUCGUCAUGUUGUACAAGGAUUGUCUACACACGUACAGACGAAAACGAGUUGGCCAUCGCCGAGCCUUCAUGUUCAUCACCGUCAUCGUGCUGAUGCUCACCUAUACCACCCAAGUCGAGACAAGAACCACCGGCAUCGGCUCCGUCAUCAACAAUUACGUAUUCCGACGCACCGAAACAACAGCGUUGGGCUGGAAUACCGAAGAUUUGGGCUAUUGGAACGGGACCGGUGAUUUUGGAACGCUGUUCGGACUGGUGGUCUUUAAAAAAGUGGAUGAACUUCCGGGAGACAACUUUGAUACUGAUUGGAAUUGCUUCGUCGACGCUGAGGACGAUUAUAAUUGGAGUAGCCGUAAA